GAUUUCAUAAUCAAAACGCUGGAUGGCGAUGUAUAUUCCUACAAGAAUUUAUUAUACAUAUCCUCACCGUACUUCCGAGAUUUGCUGAGUUCCGAUAACGUUUCACUGAAUCAAUUGACACUCAAUCACAGUCGUGAAGCUGUUCUUCAGACGCUCUCCUACAUGAUAUUCGGAGUGUUCGAGUCACCAGAAAUCGUGAAUCCGGAUUUAAUCCCGCAAAUGCUGAAAUGCGCCAAGCAGUUCCAGUUGCGGAUGACGCAGUUCGACGACGACAUCGGACGAGUGCUCAUUUUCCAAUUGUUCAAGGUAGCAAAUAUGCCAUUCGCAAUUUCAUUCGAAAAAAAUAUGAAUAAUUUGGAUGAAGUAAUAAAAAUUUUGGCGCUGACGCAUCAGCAACAGGCAUACUAUCAAGUGAAACGGAUGUGCAUAGCAGCGAUUGUCGAGAAACACUACCGAAGAUUCAUCAAGGAAUACAACAGCGAUGCGGUGGGCGAGAAGUUGGACAUGUACGAGCGGCUGGCUUCGGCCGUUGUGCCCAGUCUAUCACCUGUUCAUCGUAUAGAAAGUAUACGUCGCGGUGCUAGUGCCUGCCAGCGAAUACUACACUUCAAGGAAUUCCUCAAUCAGUAA